GUGAUCAAAGGUAGAGCUGCCUAGAGAGAAGUGCACAGCUGAGAAACAGACUCUUGGAUACUGGAUCACACUAACCUAGAAUUGCUUGACUGUCACACCAUGGAUAUUCUGUUCACUGUUUCAUGCCAGCAUUCUAGAGACUAUAAUCUCACGUCGUUCUGUCCCGAUAACCAAACUAUCAACUCAACAUCUCCUGGUCUGGUUAACCCACCUGCUUUUGGAAUGUCCUACUUCACUAUGACCCUCGGUGCACUCUCAAACCUGACGGCACUAGCAAUCCUUGCCCAUUCCUACACCCGCUUCCGUCUGCGUGCCAAGGCACCAUUCCUGUUGCUAGCUUCAGCCCUGCUUCUGAGUGACCUGGCGGGUCACGUGAUCACUGGUGCUUUGGCAUUGCACCUACAUCUAGGUAGAGUCAAGCAUCACGGAGCGGCAAUAGUAGUAGAGCCUCCUCAGAAUUACUGCAAACUCUUUGGUGCUUGCAUGGUGUUUUUUGGCCUUUGCCCUCUACUGUUAGGCAGUGCAAUGGCAGUGGAGCGUUGCAUAGGCAUUACACAACCUCUCCUGCACUCGACUGUUGUUACCAUAGCACACAUCCGUUUCUCUGUACUCCUGAUCACCUCCACGGCUCUCAUGUUGGCGGGACUCCCCUUGCUGAAUGUGGGCAACUACAAACCCCAGUUCCCCGGUACCUGGUGUUUCUUACCAGUGAAUGGUCCACUCUCCAUAGCCGAUGCAAGCCUUGCUUUGGCCUUUUCUUUACUGGGGCUUGUAGCAUUGACUGUCUCAGUCCUAUCCAAUACUAUGAGUGGGCUGAAAUUGCUCCAGGCAAGGCUUAAGGACCAACGUGUUAAGUCAACUGCUCGGAGACAUGGAUCAUUUUCGACCUCGUCUCUGCAUUCAUUAGAUGUUGAGAUGAUGACACAGCUGGCUGGGAUAACAGUGGUUUCCUGUGUCUGCUGGAAUCCUUUUCUUAUCUACAUCCUCAUAUCUGUGAUCAGGUUUUAUGAAGGAAUCACCAGACCGGUGCACCAGUGUGAGAAGCUUCUUCUACUUGCCCUGCGUUUGGCUAGCUGGAACCAGAUUCUGGAUCCAUGGGUUUAUAUCCUCCUACGGCGAGCAGUUCUGCGCAGAGUCCUUCAGCUGCUACAGCCUGAAAAAGUUGUGUUUUCACCAAGUUGCUCCUACACAGACUCAAAUAGAAAGCAGAUUAGUUUAUACUGAUUACACUUUUGUUUAUGCUAAUUGCGAAUAUGUUUACAUAUGUGGUCAGGCACCAAUAAUAUUUUAAAUCAAUUAUUUUCUGUGUUUAUGUUUGGCUGUCAAAAGAGAACGAGUGAGAAUGUGAAAAGGACUUUUUUUUUUUAUCUGUUCAUUAACUGUUGCACUUUUUUCUUUUUUUAGCAUGAAAGUGUUGAGUUUACAAAAAAUGGGUUUGACCUUACAACAUUUUUAUGGAAACCAAAGACACUGUGACUGGUGCCAUAAAAAAGUUAAUAAUAAUAAUAAUAAUAACAAUAAUAAAUAACUAAAAAAUACUAAACUGGCACUAUUAGCCACCUCUGUCAUAAAAAUAAUUAAUAAACCAAUGAAUGAAUCAAUAAAUAAAUAAUCAUUGUAACUAUUUAUUUAUUAGGCUAUAAUGUAAUAAUCUAAAUAAUUAUUGAUAUUAUUUAUUAUGUUAUUAUGGCUUAGUAACAAUAAUUAUGGUGGAAAUACUAUGGUACAUUUUUAAAAGGGGGUUGGGGGAGGGGUACAAGUGGUCUAUUUAUUUAUUCAGCAUUAAAUCUGUUUAUUUAUUGUCACAAUCUUUUGUGCAUGAAAGUUACAGUGAUGUCUUUACUGUCUGUGUGUACUGUAUAUCAGAACUUGAUCAAAGCAAGACGUGCAUGACUUGAACUGCAGUAGUCACAAGUGGAUUGAUGAUGUGAUUCUGUUUUUAUUUUUAUUUAUUUAUUUUUGUUUAAAUCUAUUGUUAUUCAAAAAUACAUUAA